GCGCCGGAAGUGGCGACGGAGUGGGAUGGUGCGCGAUGACAGAACGAAGACUCCUUAUUCUGUUUGGCAGCCAAACUGGGACUGCUCAAGAUACAGCUGAAAGAAUUGGCAGAGAAGCCAAGCGCCGGCACUUCCAGUGCAGAGUGGAGGCUCUGGACAGCUAUGACGUGGCGAACCUCAUCAAUGAGCUGUUGGUGGUAUUUGUCUGUGCAACCACUGGCCAGGGUGACCCACCCGACAACAUGAAGAUGUUCUGGCGGUUUCUGUUCCGGAAGAACCUGCCGCCUACUUCCCUUUGCCAGAUGGACUACGCCGUGCUGGGCCUUGGUGAUUCCUCCUAUCCCAAGUUUAAUUUUAUUGCCAAGAAGCUGUACAAACGGGUGCUACAGCUUGGGGGCAACCCGCUGCUGCCAGUUGCAUUGGGAGAUGACCAGCACGACUUGGGGCCAGAUGCAGUGGUUGAUCCGUGGCUCCUAGCCUUAUGGGACAAGAUCCUUGCCCUGUAUCCUCUCCCUCCUGGCCUCGAGGUCAUCAGUCCUGAUGUAUGCCUGCCCCCUAGAUACACCCUGCACUACCUGGCUGAGGACUCCUUGCACUCUGACAGCAGCCUGCUCCAGCCAACACCACCCAGGGCUCUUCCUUCUGAGCUACAUCCCUUUGCUGCCCGGAUGGUGUCCAACCAGCGCAUCACGGCCGAAUCCCAUUUCCAGGAUGUCCGGCUCAUUGAGUUUGAUGUCACAGGAUCAGGGAUCACGUUCAGCGCUGGAGACGUGGUGAUGAUCCAGCCCCAGAAUUGCCCUGAAGAUGUGCAGCAGUUCUGCCAGCUCCUUCGACUGGAUCCAGAUAAAUGCUUUUUGCUGAAGCCCACAGAGCCUGGCACAGCCCUCCCUGCCCACUUGCUGCAGCCCUGCACCAUCCGGCACCUGGUCACCCACUACCUGGACAUCUCCUGUGUGCCACGGCGCUCCUUCUUUGAGCUCUUGUCCCACUUCUCUACGAACGAGCUGGAGCGGGAGAAGCUGCAGGAGUUCAGCUCUGCACAGGGCCAGGAAGAGCUGUACAGCUACUGCAACCGGCCUCGCAGGACCACCCUUGAGGCCCUCUGGGAUUUCCCUCACACCACAUCUGCCAUUCCACCUGAAUACCUGCUGGACCUCAUCCCUCGCAUCAGACCCCGCGCCUUCUCUAUCGCCUCCUCCAUGCUGGCUCACCCUGGCCGGAUCCAGAUCCUCGUGGCAGUAGUGCGGUACAAGACGCGGCUCAGCAAGCCCCGCCGUGGUCUCUGCUCUACGUGGUUGGCAUCUCUCAACCCAGAGCAAGGUGAUGUCCGGGUACCUCUUUGGGUGAAGAAAGGAGGAAUGAAGUUCCCAGCUGACCCCGACACUCCUGUGAUCAUGAUUGGCCCUGGCACAGGGGUGGCACCUUUCCGAGCAGCUAUACAGGAGCGAGUGGCACAAGGGCAGAAAGGGAACUGCUUGUUCUUUGGCUGCCGCCAGAAAUCCAAGGACUUCUACUGCCAAGCAGAGUGGGAAGAGCUGGUGACAAAGGGCUUCCUGAUGCUUUUCACGGCCUUCUCCAGGGACCAGGAGGAGAAGGUGUAUGUUCAGCAUCGCAUCCGGGAGAAUGGACAGCUGCUAUGGGAGCUGCUGAAUGGCCAGAGCGCUCACAUCUACCUGGCUGGGAAUGCCAAGCAGAUGCCAGCAGCGGUGGCUGAAGCCCUGCAGUCAGUGCUGCAGCUGGAAGGUGGCCUGUCGCCCUCCGAAGCAGAAGAGUAUUUAUCAGCCCUGGAACGGUCCCAGCGCUUCCAGUCUGAAACCUGGUCGUAAGCCUGGCUCCCUGCUCCACCUGAGCUGUGCCUGAAUAAAGGAGCCAGCAGAACAA